AUGGACCGUUGCCAGUCGCGGCGCCGUUCGUUCCUUGACCGCCUCCGCGCAAGUGAUGAGGACCCGGAUUUUGAGCGGAAGCGGACGUAUUGCUGCGGUAUCCUAAACGUCGAGCCCGUCCUGCUACUUAUCACAAUUUCAACCGGACUAUACGCCACUUCACAGCCCCUUUUCACCUACUGGGCACGAUGCGUCGAGCUGGCAGCAAGCAUGUACCCGGAGGAGGCGAACAUCUCCUCCCUGUGCGCCAUGAUCGCCGGCGACAACGAGACGGCACUGCAGGACCUCGUUGAAAAGGACAUCUCAGCGACAAAAAUAUGGUUACAGAUCGCCAGCUCGGUGCCCACGUUUCUGAUCGCUCCCAUCAUCGGCACGUGGUCGGAUAAGACUGGCCGCAAGCUGCCCCUCCUAUUCGCCAUGUCGGGUUUCAUCCUCUACUCGUUCUUCAAUCUGCUUGCCACGCUUACCUACGAGACGUCAAAUAUCUAUUUAUGGUUCUUCCUCGCAGAGAUCUCGAUUGGCUUCUGCGGUGGUGCCACGACCCUGUUCACAACGAUGCUUGCCAUUGUCACAGAUGAUUGCAGAAAUCAGCUGAAUCCGGGAAGCACGAUGGUACCGCUGCGAAUUGGCGUCGCCUCCUCGAUCCAGUCGUUGGGCUCCUUACUGGGGACGCUAGCCGUCUCCUUGCUGGCCAUCCCCGCCUACAUCAGCGUCACCGGGCACGCGCAAAGCUACGUCAACUGCGCGGUAAUCCAAUUCACCGCCGUGUUGAUCGCGUUCGUGUACACAAUUUUCUACGUCAAAGAAACGCAUCACCCGCAGCUCGACCCGUACACGACGGCCGCACGAUUUGGGGGUUAUCUGGUACGCGCCGAUUCGGAAACUUCGGAAGUUCAGCCAGAGACGGGCUGUAUCGCGAAGGCAAAAGGAUAUUUCAACGCGUUGAUGGAGGUGCUUCUUGAGCGACGGCCAGGGUGGACACGUUUGUGCCUCAAUCUUUCCAUCUUCUUCGUUUUUGUCGAAUUUUUGGCGAUGGACGCGGGCCUCCUCUUUCUCCUCGUCAAGCGGCAACCCUUCGCGUGGACCGACAAGAAGUUCAGCGAGUUCAGCGUGUGGCGCGGGCUGUUCUUUUCGCUGGGCAUGGUGCUGGGUCCGUUGAUGUUGUCGAAGAUGAACGUGCUCGGAAAGGACAGCUUGCUGAUCAUUAUCGGAUCGCUGUUCUCGGCCAUUUCGUUCUUGAUCUUGGCAUUUGCCACCACAACUCAACAGAUCUUUGCCACUGCCUUCCUGGCGAUUUUCGUGGGUGUCAUCUCGCCGGGAUUCCGCUCAUUCUUGCCGCGAAUGGUGCCAAAGGAGCAGACGGCUCGGCUACUCACGCUAAUUAGUAUCGUGUUGGCAAUCUGCCCAAUAAUCUCGUCACUGAUCUUCAACAAUCUCUUCAACUGGAGUAUCGACUGGUGGCCCGGGUUCAGCUUUCUCAUCUGCGGAUGCUGUCAACUGUUUUCGGCUGCUGGCCAGGGAUUUAUCCACCGUUUGAUGAAGCCGCAGUGGAAGUUGGACAAGGAGCUGCGAGAUCACCGGAAAAGGCUUGGCCUCGAGCCGGAAGGGCCCGCCGAGCGACUGGCACAUCCAGUGGACCCCGAGGAGCGGAGCGUGUCAAAUACGGCCGUCGGGUCGGAUGUAAAUGAGGAGCUGGCCCGGUCGCUGAAUGCA